ACGGAGCAACUGCUAUCUUCCUCUUCUCCGUCAUCGUCAAAGUUGUCCUCCUGCCUUCCUCGGUCCCCAUGCUCGACUGCGAGGUGUGCUCGUCCUGCCUCCACCCCGCCUCCUCCUCCUCCUCCCUCUCCUCCUCCUCUUUGCACUGUGAAUCAGCAUCUAGGUAGUGUUCCCGCCAAUAGGACAACUAUUAGCCAUAGUGAUCGGAGAUGCUGUAGCCGGUCAUCUUCAUCUUCAUCUUCAUCUUCUGUUCAUGCCAAUCCCCGGCUAUGGCGGUCCACCUCUUCUUCAUCUUGUCCGUCUUCUUCCUGUUCUUCUGCGUCUUCUUUCUCGUCUUCUUCCUGCUCUUCUCUCUCCGUCUUCGCGCGUCGACGAAGACCUUCUUCUUCUUCUUCUCCUUUUUGUUCUUCUUCUUCUUCUUCUUCUUCUGGUUUUGCACAGAUUAGGACGGACAUGAGUCACAGUGUCUCCUCCCUUUCCUCCCUCCCCGUAGACAUGCAGAAGCAUACCGUUGAGUAUCGUCUUUCGGUCCAUCUGAUGACGACUCCUGUCACUUCCCGCCGGUACGGGUGUCGUCGAUCGAGCAAGCCAACCAAAUCCACCUGGCUGCGAUCUCACGCCGGGAAUUCCACGGACGUUAUACGUUGCCGGGCUGUCAGGCAAGGGAGCGGGCCGAGUGCCUUGCCGUCUUCUUUGUCUCCUUCCCUUUCUUCUCCCUCGUCUAUCCAGCUCAGCAUGGAUGUCGACGAUGUCAGUAAUCCUCCUCCUCCUUCUCCUCCUCCUUCUUCUUCUUCUCCUUCUUCUUCUUCUUCUUCUUCUUCUUCUUCUUCUUCGUCUUUGAUUGGCCCCGGCGGCGCCGGUAAUUCUUUCUCCUCAUCGACAGAAGAAAUUUUGGCAAAUUUAACGAAUCCUUUCGAGGUUAAGACUACGGAAGAGUUGUUCCAGAAAGUAGCAGAGGAGGGACCACCACCUCCUAUUCCUAAUUUCGGGUACAGUCAACAGUACGUGGACGAUGACGUGGCCGAUCCUAAGCCACCCAUUCCAGAUCGCAAAGAGAACUCCAUUCCUAAUAAGUUCUACGAGAUUGCAUUUAAUCGACUUGUGGAAUUCAAUGGCGUCGAAUUUUUGAAGGACAAGGACUCUGGGUGGGGUGUCUAUGCGGCUCAAGACUUUCCAAUCUCUGAGGAUCCAAGGGUUGUUAUGUCCAUCCCCGUUGAAGUGAUGCUGAGCUGCUGCACCGAGCUUCCAUGGCGGUUUAAUCCUGACAUAGUCCCGAUGGGUCAUCCAAUCUUCGACAUUAUCAAUUCUACAGACCCUAAGGAAGAUUGGGAUGUCCGACUGGCAUGCCUGUUGCUCCUUGGAAUGGACCAGGCGGACUGUUUCUGGUCCAGGUAUUCCAAGUUCCUUCCAAGUCCCAAGGAGCUGACCUCCCUUCUGCUUGCCAGUCCAGAAGAACUGCAGCAAUUUCAAGAUGAUAGCGUUGUGGAAUACGCGAUUGCGCAGCAGGAGCGGGCGGAGGCUCUGCAUGCCAAGUACUGGCCGGCGGACUGCAUGCUGAAGUUGAGCAGACUCUGUCGAACGCCGCAUCGCUUCAAGUGGGCCUUGGGAAUUGUGAGGAGCCGGCAGUUCGCGAUGAAACUGCUCUUGGGACCGCUGGAACUCCCAUCCAAUGUCCUCUCGCCUUAUGCGGACAUGAUUAAUCACUCCUUUGACCCUAAUUGCACGUACCGGUGGGAUCAGAACGAGCGGCUCCUGGAAGUAGUGCUAUUUGGAGGGCAGGAGAUUACUGCUGGCACGCAAUUGACCGUCGAUUACGGUUACGAGGAAGGCAACGACUUCUACUUGAGGAUGUUUGGCUUCUCGAUGGCAGAUAACCCCUUCGGCUGCGUAAGUUUUUCGGGCGCCAAUCGAGUGCAUCAGGAGUCCUUCCUCUCUGCGUUCAAUAUAUGUCGAUUGGAGAACGAGUACUAUCACGCUGGAGGAGUUGAUGGGUCAGCGGAUGACAUCGUCGAUGGAACGAUGAUGGCCGUGGCGCGCAUGCUUCCCACGUGGUCUAGCGGGGACUGGCCAGCCAUGCCGUCGGAGGAGAGAGCCGCCGCUCGACGGCUCCAGAGGGAGGCCUCCGACUUGUUAUCGAGAUUCCCGACUACGUUGAAAGAGGACAAAAGAAUUUGGGAGAAUGAGUCUCCCACGCAGUCGCCCAUGUGGAAAGCUGCAGUGAAGUUCCGCAUGGACCGAAAGAUGCUUUUGCACAAAACGAUUGAUGCUUUGCACCGGUACUCCACGAACAUUUUGUAUUGAAGAUUACGAUUGGUCCUCUCUCUCUCUCUCUCUCUCUCUCUCUUUUUUUUCUGUUGCUUGGUCUUUCUUUGACUCUCUCUGUUUCUCGUGCACCCGCGGGCUCGAAUUCGGGAGAGAGUGAAGCAGCGUAUGCACACGGGUGUGCAUAUGGUCAACCACAACACAUUGACAGAGACAUGUAGAGUAAUUAGUCUUUUAGGGUUUUUGAGGACAGGAGCGAGAGUGAUUCUCGAUCGAUGCGUUGUAUACAUUGAUGACCAGGGUGCUUUGCGCUUGGGGAAGGACGGGGCGCUCGCGGCUUACAAUUCUCUCUCUCUCUCUCUCUCUCUCUCUCCCCCCAAAGCUGUAAGACAACAAACUCCAAGUAGCGUC